GGUCACGCUCACGCUCAUUGCUGUUUGCCCACGUAACUUGGCGCAGGAGACGAGUCGACCUCGAUGAAAAGAGGGCCGCACGUGGGGCAUGUGUUGUCUCGGGUGGCCCGGGCGCAGGAUGGCCGCCAGCUCCUGGCCAUCAUUAUCCAGGUCGUAGGUGCUGCGGCGUCGACAUCCAUUGGGUCCUCAGCGGCGGCCGCGGCUGGCUGCCCUUGGUGGAGAAGGCUUUCGUCUCCAUUUGUGAGGCGCAUAGCCGUGCUGAUUGCGGCUUUAUCACCGGAGUUUCUCGAGCUCCCGGGUGCUAAUCAGAUGGCGGCUCGUAUUGCGGUCGACCAAGUGGCUGAAUUCGAGCUGGAGUUCCGCUAGCGGGAGCACGUGUUCGACAGGGAGGGGUGCUGCCGCACGCGCUGCAGCUGCGGCGUCCAAAGCCUCGACAAUUGACCAGGUAGGGGUGGCAUACGGUGUGCCGUUGUAAAAGAGCUGUAUACCAUGCUCACGAGCGAGGGUCAUCUGUUGCAGAGUUGUGAAGAAGCGCCCUCUGUCUGCAGGUAGGUGGUGUGCGAGGCUCGUACCCGCCAGGCUAUGCUGCCGUGGCAGGAGGGCACGGGUAACCACGCCCAGUCGGCCUGUGUCAUUUAGAGCAAGGACAAGCGCGCGGUUGGCCACACGCGCGUACUGGGGUAAGAGUGAGCCCAGUCCUAGGCCAUAUUCUUCGAUUGGGAGAAGGGUGGUACGGGUAGGGAAGCUGCGUGGCAGCCCGUAGCACCGUUUUGCGUAACCGGCCAGUGCAGCGUCAAAGUUUGCGAUGUCCUGUUUCGUGUAUGGCAUCGCAGCGAAUGCAUAGGCGAUUGAGGUGUGGACGCAUUGCUGCAGCAUGCGUAGGCGUUGUGCCGGCGUGGCCAGUGACGUGGCUAUGGCCGUGCCCUUUUCUUUCACAGUUUCCGUGACGCGGGAGACUUGCGCCUUCCAGUCUAGUGAGAAGGUGAGUUGCACCCCCAGGUAUUUGUAGGGUUUUGUGGGCGGGUAGUACGGUACAGUGGUGUUACCAAUUCGUAGCUUGUUAGUCAGUUCACGGUGCAUCGCAUUCAGCGUGGCUUGGCCGCUGGAGUGGGCCUGCCAGUUCGCCGAUGCCCAGGGUGAGCAUAGAGGUGUACAGUUUAUAGCAAGUGUUGGCUAGAGCAAUGGGCCUCUUGUUCUUGAUGUCGAGAGCGUCCCCAGGUUUUGGGAGCAGGACCGUGUCCGAAGUGGCCCAGGACUCCGGGAUUGUGGACUUGACGUACAUGAUCUUCAGUGUGUUGUGUAGGGCUCGCUUCAUGCCGUGAGGCAAGAUGCGGAGCAGCUCGUUCGGAAUGCCGUCUGGGCCCGUGGCUUUGUUACGAGAGAGGUGGGCGAUACAGUGGUCAAAGUUGGCGGGGUCUGCCAUGCUAGAAAGCAUGGAGUGUGCUUCCGGGUGCCUGUUACGCUCAAGCGUGAAGGCAUCCGUAGCGUUAGGUAGUUCGAACGGGUACCCACGCGUUGCGCCGGGUGACAGGCGGUAUUCACCUGUGCGGGGCCCUCGUGGGGGGGCUGACAGUUUGCGGAAGUGGCCAUCCAGGGCGGUUAGAAUGCUGGGAGGGUCGGUUACCACCUCGCCUGUUUCAGGAUUGCGGACCGCGGGGAGGCCCCGUUCGGUUGCUUCUUUCUGAAAGAUGCGUUUGUGCCCUUGCGCAGGCCUGGUGGCGAGCGUGUGCUGGAGGGCAGCGGCAGCAGCUUCACGCUGCGCUUUGGCUCGGUCCGCCACCAACUGGCGGUGUUGGGCUUGGCAGUCCUUUAUCUGACCUCGUAUGGUGGCAGCCUCUCCUUCCGUUGUUGUGUCUGGCGCUGCACCGCCGGCUGUCAGGUCUGCCGUGGCCUCGACCAUUAUGUCCUCCAAGUGGGCGGCAGCGGCGGCCAGCUGCUUCUUGGUGAUUGGAAGCGUCACACGGGACCAGCGUGGGCUGUCUUCAGAUGUUGUUGCUGGUGGCGCUGCGGGCUGCGGUGCUUCCCAUAGGUGCAGCGCGUCAGCAGGCAGUUUUACGUGUACAGGUUUAUGGUCGAAGUUGCCCGCGACUGUACUUAGAUGCUCGUGUGGGCUGGGGCACGCGGUGAGCGUUGUCGUGCACAUGAGUAUGUCAUCUAUGCGGCUGCGGUGCGUUGAGACACCAUGUUGCGUUUGUUCAUAGGACCAUUCGGCCGCUGUGGUCGUGGUGCCUCGUGCGGGUAAUAAACGCGAGUGCGUAGUGCUGGUGUUUCUUUUUCUGGCGCGCGGUGGUGGUGGUUCUUGCGGUUAGGCUGUGGUGUAGGUUGGUGCUUGGGUUAGGUCUGGCGGUGUUUUGGUGCAACCCCUCCCGGGGGGCGGGGGGGCCAGCCUCCUGCUCUGUCUGCCGGGUCGGGGUGGGGUGGGGUGGGAUGGUUGGGGGUGGUUGGUGGCGGUUUUCGAGGUGUUUGCUUUCUGUUUUCUUCUCUUUUCUUCUCUUCUUGCCCUGUCAGGGUUCUGGUCUCGGGGACCAGGCUGUUUUCAGGCAGCAGGGGGGCAGCGCGUCUGCCCCUGUUCAACCUUGUAAGGAUGAUUCCUCAAAAAAAAAAAGG